AAAAAUAAAAAUAAAAAAAUAAAAAAAUAAAAAUUGAACUGAAGAAAGAGAAAAGAGGCUGUCAUGGGGUUUCGGUGAUCGGCCCUCCAGUACAGCAUAGGCCUUUGGAGUAAAGAAGUGAAGAGGCCUGAUUUAGCCUGAGGCAGCUGUUUCCAGGCUGCAUGGCUUUGGAGUUUUGAGCAGGCGUUCUGACCUGCAGAGGGAAAGGACCAACAGUUUAGGGAAUUAACCCUUGUAAUGCUGCUGAGUUCUUAAGAUGGUAACUGGUUAUUGAGGCUUGUACAUUGACAUGUAUAUGUAUUACAUAGAAUUUGUUAUGAUAACAAUAAUAAUAAAUAAUAAUAAUAAUAAUAAUUAAAAAAAUAUUAUUUUUUAAAUUUCAUGGAAUUAUAAAAGGUGCUUACUUAUAUGUAAUUUUAUUUCUAUAUGUGUUCUAGAAAUAUGGCGUCGGAUGCCUCACUUAGUGACCAGAUGGAGGUCACUGAUGCUUCUCAACCUCAGAGAGCUGCCACUGAAGGCUCGAAGAGCCGUUGUCAUAAGACAAGGAGUGGCAGUUCGGAAGCAGCCACUAAGUCCACAUUUAUUAGGGAUCAGGUACAGCCUAUGGAGAAAGAUCCAAUGGUGGAACCGGAUCCUUCUUCCAGUUUUCUGGCCAGGGCCCUGUCGCCCCAGCCAUCAGGGAGCGGCUCCAAUACAGGGAGGCCCAGUUCUACACCUAUCAACUUGGUAGCAUCACAAGGGGAUAGGCAGACCAUAGACCAGGUGACAGAAAUGCCUGAGUUAGUGCGGAAAUGGAUCGCAGAGGCGGUUCACCGGGAACUUGAGGCAGGCAAAAGUCGUAACAGGCAAUCUGUUCUUGGGGCGGAAGCCCAGUCACAGGAUAGGGAUCAGGUAGAAACAGAACCAGCAGACGGACACAUGGGGUCGCGUUCUGACAGCUCUGAUUCGCCUUCAGAGGCGGAGAGUUCCCCAUCCAUGGAGGAUGAACAAUGGGACCAGGAAUUGUCUGAGGAGGAAGGUUUUUUACCGGAGCAGCCCAUGUUUAAAGGGCUGUUCAGGCCUCAUCUUUUUAAGGCCUUGUUGAGUAAAGCUAAGGCGGUUACUAAACAGGGACUCCUAGGGGAACAAAGCGCCUGUCCAGAGCAGGACCCUGCAGACAUGCUUUUUUCUGAACCAACGGUGGAGACGGAGACAGUUCCUGCUCCUAAAUUAUUUCUAGAUAUGAUUAAGAAACAGUGGGAAGCCCCGGCCGCAUUACUGAACAUGUCCUCCCUUGAGAGACGGUUUUUUAACACGGCUUCUGACCUGAUGGAACUCCUGAGAGUGCCUGAAGUGGAUGACCCGGUUUUGGCCCUGGCUUCCUCUUCGGCCACCUUGGUCUUGCCUCCAACUCCCUCCUCAACGGGCUGGACCCUCUAAAUGACUCAUCCGACCCUCUACCUCUCCCACGUCCAAUCCUCUCCUCUCUGGUGUCGAUGGAAAAGCCCUCCGGCGAUGAUGGAAAAACCCUCAGCCACGGGGGCGGGGGGGGUGUCCACCGCCGCUGGCGGAACCCGGAAGCCAUGCCGCCACCGCCCCAACAGGAGGCCGAGGGAAACGCCGAGGGAAACACCGUGGGAAAGCAUCCGGCCAUUCCCUCUCCGGCGUCGCUGGAAAAAGCCCUCAGCCCCUGGGGGAGGCCAGGGCCCGGAA